AUGGCACUAUUCGAAGAAUGCUCGGUAGAAUAUGUGCCCAGGGAGGAGAACACCAAGGCUGAUGCCUUAUCACAAUUUGCAUCCUCCGACGACGAGGUAUGCUCAGGAAGCGUUUAUUAUCAGGUUUUGAGAACCCCAAGCAUCGAAGCAAAGUUAGCUGCCCCCAUUGACACAGGGGCCACUUGGUUGGAUGAGAUUAAGUUGUACUUACAAAGCGGUCAUCUACCGCCUAAUGCUGAUGAAGCGCGAAAGUUACAGGUAAGGGCCCUUAAGUAUGUACCCAUUGAGGGGGUCUUAUAUAGAAAAUCGUUUGUGAUCCCUUAUUUGAGAUGUUUGAGGCCGGAUGAGGCUCGAGAAGCCCUUAGAGAAGUUCAUGAAGGGGUAUGUGGCCAACACCUCGGUGGAAGAGCAUUAGCUCAUAAAGUAACUCGCCUUGGAUUCUAUUGGCCAGAUAUGCUAAAGCACGCUCAAGACUAUGUGAAAAGGUGUGAUCGUUGUCAAAGGUACGGAAUACCUCGAGUCAUGGUUACAGACAAUGGGACUCAGUUUAAUAAUGCCGAGUUUAGAAGUUAUUGUGAGGAUUACUCGAUUGAGUUACGCUUCACUUCAGUUGCCCAUCCUCAAGCUAAUGGACAAGCUGAGGUGGGCAAUAGGAUAAUCCUUGAUGGACUGAAGAAAAGAGUUGAGAAAGCCCAGGGAUCAUGGGCCGAUGAGAUACUCCCAAUACUAUGGGCGUAUCGAACAACUUGUAAGGCCCCAAAGGCAAGAUGGCUCCAAAUUGGGAAGGCCCCUACCAAGUUAAGACUGUCACAGGCCAUGGCUCAUACAAACUCCAAACCUUGGAAGGAGUUGAAGUUCCCAGAAGUUGGCAUGCAACCAACUUAA